AUGGCAGUGUGCCCUUUGUCAGGGUCAGUGGAUAUCCUGUCCAAAUUAUUUUGCCAGAGAGAGGAGGUGGAAGGUUGGCAGAUACUGGCAUGUUUGGAGACCACCAGGGACCAUGUUCUGCCCAUCGACUAUUACUUUCCACCCCAGAAGACCUGCCUGAUUUGUGGGGAUGAAGCUUCUGGCUGUCACUAUGGAGCUCUCACUUGUGGAAGCUGCAAAGUCUUUUUUAAAAGAGCCGCUGAAGGAAAACAGAAGUACCUGUGUGCCAGCAGAAAUGAUUGUACCAUUGAUAAAUUCCGAAGAAAAAAUUGUCCAUCUUGUCGUCUCCGGAAAUGCUAUGAAGCAGGGAUGACUCUGGGAGCCCGGAAACUGAAGAAACUUGGGAAUCUGAAGCUACAGGAGGAAGGGGAGGCUUCCAGUGCCACCAGCCCCACUGAGGAACCAGCCCAGAAGCUGACAGUGUCACAUAUUGAAGGCUAUGAGUGUCAGCCCAUCUUUCUGAAUGUCCUGGAAGCCAUUGAGCCAGGGGUGGUGUGUGCUGGACAUGACAACAACCAGCCUGACUCCUUCGCAGCUUUACUCUCUAGCCUCAAUGAACUGGGCGAAAGACAGCUUGUACAUGUGGUCAAGUGGGCCAAGGCCUUGCCUGGCUUCCGCAACUUGCACGUGGACGACCAGAUGGCAGUCAUUCAGUACUCCUGGAUGGGGCUUAUGGUGUUUGCCAUGGGCUGGCGGUCCUUCACCAAUGUCAACUCCAGGAUGCUCUACUUUGCCCCUGACCUGGUUUUCAAUGAGUACCGCAUGCACAAGUCCCGGAUGUACAGCCAGUGUGUCCGAAUGAGGCACCUCUCCCAAGAAUUUGGAUGGCUCCAAAUCACCCCCCAGGAAUUCCUGUGCAUGAAGGCACUGCUGCUCUUUAGCAUUAUUCCAGUGGAUGGGCUGAAAAAUCAAAAAUUCUUUGAUGAACUUCGAAUGAACUACAUCAAGGAACUUGAUCGUAUCAUUGCAUGCAAGAGAAAAAAUCCCACAUCCUGCUCAAGGCGCUUCUACCAGCUCACCAAGCUCCUGGACUCUGUGCAGCCUAUUGCACGAGAGCUGCAUCAGUUCACUUUUGACCUGCUAAUCAAGUCUCACAUGGUGAGCGUGGACUUUCCAGAAAUGAUGGCAGAGAUCAUCUCUGUGCAAGUGCCCAAGAUCCUUUCCGGGAAAGUCAAGCCUAUCUAUUUUCACACUCAGUGAAGCUUUGGAAGGCCCCAUUUUCUUACCCCACCUCACUUCCUUUUUCAGAUAUCUUCUGCCUGUUUUAACUCUGCACUACUUCUCUGCAGUGCCUUGGGGAAUUUCCUCUAUUUAUGUACAGUCUGUCAUGAAGAUGUUCUUGAAUUCUAUUUGCUGGGCUUUUUUUUUUUCUCUCUUUUCCUCCUUUCUUUUCUAUCUCUCCCUAUCUGACUCUCCCAUGGCACUUUCAGACUGUACUCCCUGCUGUGGCUCUUAUCUGUGUUUUGAAUGCUGUUGUAUUUCUUUAAAUCUGUGAUGAUCCUCAUGUGGCACAGUGUCAAGUUGUGCUUGUUUAUAGCACUGUGCUGUGUGCCAGCUACACAAACGUUUACUCACCUAAUGCCACGUGAAGUUUAGAGAGCUAAGAGUAUCUGGGAAAACAAAAGACAAACAAACAAACAAAAAACACACUAGGGUUUUUCCCUCUUAAAAAUAUUAAAACAAACAAAUUACCAAAGAGGCCAACAGUAACUAGAAUAAGGUGAAAAUUGCAAGCCCAUGGGGAGUCACUGCUUUUUUUCCCCAAACCCUGUCUCCCUGGGAGACUUUAUUUUCUGCCAACGGCUAUUGCCAUUAGAGGGCAGGGUGACCCCAGAACUGAGGUAGAUGGGGGGCAGAUUUAAGAAAGGACAGAUGGAUUACCAGUACCUGCCUACAGCCUUGGCUCCUGAGAGCUAGGCUGUUCAACUGCAGCACAAUUCAUGGUACUGAAAAAUGUGCUUCAUGUUUGAAAACCUGUCUGUUGAGAAUGCCUCCCCACACCAGUCCCUUUUCUCUCACAUCCUCUGCCUCCACCCUCAAAUUGACUUUCAAUAUCUUUUCUAAGAGCUUUGAACUGAAUGUUCUCUUUAGCCAAAACUUGGCCACUUCCACUGAAGAAUCAGACCAGCAAGAGGGAGAGGGAGAUAUGACCUUUUGUAAGGCCCCAUUCUGAUCCAGGUCUGCUUUCCCAUUUGUGGCCCAGGGAGGAGCCUGGGGCUGGAGUCAAAGGAAAAGGAAGUGGUGGCUUGACUGUUCUCCUGCUUAGGACACUGAAGAUUUGAUCCUUCUUUGCCUCUACCUUUAAGAGACCUGAAUGUUUUCUGCCUGACUCCAUGCAGCUGCAAGCAUCAUCCAUCCUCCCUUCUGUGUUUUGUGGGCCUGAGCUUCACCAGACUUCAUUACAGCCACAGUGGUGAAACUUGUCCACUCCUUGGGCACGUUCAGACUCUGCUAAGAACUCCCAUCCCCAAGAAGGCUAGCAAGUCAGCAGUCUUGAUUUCUAUCUCUAGAUGCCAGUAGGCUCAAAGACUUCUUACCAUAUGUCUCUCAUCAACUGAACUCUCAGAACUCUGGAGACCUUAAACAAACUGGAAAGAAGGCAUCAAUGGGAUUGGACAAGCUGGGCGUCUUGCCCUUGUCCCCCAGAGAUGACACCUUCCCACCAAGUGAAGAAUGCCCACUUCCUCCUUCAGAGCAGCUAAAGGAGCUACCCAGAUCUGUGUUGAAGAGAAAGUUCUGUUACCAAGGUGAGAAAAAUGAAGGCACUAGAACUGGAAAUCCUGUAAAUGCUCUCCUUUCCACCCAACAUAUCUACCUGCAGAAGUCAGGGGAAGAAGAGAGAAGAAAUCAAGAGAAUACUAACUAAUAAAAGUUUUCAGAAGGAAAGUCUAAAGCCAGAUGGGCACCAUCUGGUGAGUUUAUUCACCAUCCUUCUCUGCUGCUGAUUCUGGGCUCUAAUGUUGGCCAUACUCACUCAGCCACCUUUGUUGCUGCCUCUUGGCCAGAGGAAGCUGAAAUAGUGAAACUACCAAACCAUGGCCUCCUUUGGAAAGGUCUGGUUGGUGUGACUCUGAUGGGCUGCCACCUAUGAACUUGGUGUACUCCUGGGACACUGGUUUCGUAUAGUCCUUUGGCACUCCUUUGUUCUGUUGACUUUGUCCCCCAGUCACGAGUACUGGGGAAUGCCUACCUACUUUCUCAUCUUGGCCACUGCCUCUUCACAUAGCUCUUAAAUUCAUCUGCUAAACAACAAAUUAGAGGCCAGUCACCAAGCUGCCCAUUUCAGCUAGUUCACUCUACUUGUUGUUGAGAAGAUAGUUUCUGAGUGACAUGAUAUGAUCUACAUGGGUUUCCUCCCCUGAUUUCUGCUGAUAUUAAUAGCCAAAUGAACCUGCAAAACAGCUUCUUUAAAUAACAAGGGAGAGGGGAACUUAAGAUGUCUGUUAUACCAAUCCAAGUCUGCUGGACAAAACUAAAGCUGACAGGUUCUCUUUAUAAGGUAGGAUAGAACAAUUCUGUUUUUCUUUGUUAUGACACCACUUGGCUUAUAUAGGCUUACAGGAUCACUUUUAGCUGUUUUAAAGAGAAAAAAAAAAUCCACCACUCUAUUCAUUUAAACUAGGUUACUUUUUAAUAGUUCCUUUACAUCUGUUUUGAAAUGAUUCUCAUCUUUUGUGGUACAUGGAUUUGAGUAUAUCAUUCUAAUACCUCUCCUUGUAAAUACUAGAUGCUCUCCUUUCCAUUUCUCUGGCUAUCAAGGUUUUCAUCUUUAUAGAUUUCCCAAUAGUGACUCUUGUCUUUAUGAGUAUAUGUUUUUCACUUGUGAAAGCCAAAAAUCAGAAAUGGCAGUGUAAUUAAAAACAGAAACAACUAGAUUACUCUAAACUCCCAAAUGGCAAGACUAGGAGAAAAUGGCCUAAACAAAGAUUUAGGUGUACUGUUUUUGCACUGGGGUUUCAGUGAGCAGAAGAGAUUUUUAGCUUAGCUUUGUCUCCCACAGAUAAAAGGGGGAUUUUUUUUUUUCUUUUGGCCAUUGUUGUUCCAGCCAGCAUAAUUGACAGAAGUCUCAUUUUGCAUGCACUCUGCUCUACAAGCAGAGUUGAUAUGGUUGGUACACUGUGCUCACCUUUGAAGGAUUGGCCACCCACACCCAUUCACCUGGUGAGCUUAAAGAUGAGGGUCACUCACCAGACAAGCCAUGGAGACUAUCCCCAAAAAGGUUUGCAGUGCUCAAUGGGGAUGGAGAGUGAGGAAGAGAAAAAGAAGGAGCACCAGGGAGAAAGUCCCAUCUGUGCUGGGCAGCAGACAGCUGCCAGGUUCAUAAAUUCUGUGGUCAAGGAAAAGAGUCGUGUGGCAGUUUCAGCUCUUGCUCAUUGGGCAGCUUGCCCAGGCCUGGCCUCUGAGUUGAAAUGGGGGUUGGGUACUUUGUUCCAUAGCUUUUCUAUGCCACAGACAGUAUCUUUGUUCUUGGAGAGUUCAUUAUUUUUUUAACAAGAAAGGAGUUUUUUGAAGGAUUCUGUCAUAUAUCUUUGAAAAAAAGAAUCAGUAAUACAUAUAUUUUUAUAUAUGUUAACUGGCAGUAAAAAAGGUGGGGGGAAGGAGUUUCACUCUGUCCUUUGGGUAGUUGCUGAAGUGAUUUUCCAGGUUGAGAAAUAAUGCGCUGAUGCUAGAAUUCCUCUCUGUUCAUACUCUACUUCUAUAUACAUAUAUGCAUAUAUAGCCAGAAAUAUUCUAUUUGUACUUCAAGAGAAAAUAGGUCCACCAUCCACAUGAUAUUGAUACUACAUAAAUGAUCUUAUGUUAAGCAUCAAGUAGCUUCUGAGUGUUUCAUUAGGCACAGCACAGACAUGGCCUUGUCCUAUUUUCUUUCUUGAUACUGGGCAUGACUCAAAAGUACAAGCCACUCCCUCUGCUCCCUCUCAGUCUUGUGCUAGGGUUGUACUUCAUGAGACUCUCUUCAGACAGCUUAGUAACUAUCCCUACAUGGCUCCUACAUGGCCCUGGGAAGACAAGAGGUUGAAUAUUAGUUAUUUUAUGCCAGUUGCCCAGGUGAGAGGACACUGGGCCCAAGGGUGUGACCUUCAUGCUCAACUAUAUGUAGGGGGUCAUGAGAAUCAGGAAUGCUAAAACACAAGAUCCAAUCCAAAACUUAAAGUCAAAAUAAGCCAUUUAUCAUAUGCAAUAUCUUAUAAAAGGAAGUUUCUACCCUUGCUGCCUUUUAUAGGCGGGUCUGUUCUCACCACUAAUCUCUUUGAAAAUCUGUGAAAGCAGUUUAAAAAAAAAUAAAGAGACCAAAAAAAAAAAAAAAA